AAAAGUCUGUAGAAUUAUUCAUUAAAAUUGCUAAAUUUAAAAACAAAAGUUCUCUAUAUGAUGAUGAUAUUAUUUGGGAAUCCACAGCUAAACUUAAUCCAGUUAAAAAAUUGGUUUACAUUUAUGAAAAUCUUCAAAUACAUGUUAAAAAACUAGUAAAUAACAAGACUAACAUUAGAAUUAAUAAUAACAAAACAAAUCAAGAAAUUAAUCAAGAAAUUUAUAAUGAAGAUCAAGAAGUAGAAGAUAUAAUUUACAAAGAAGAAAUUUGUAAAAGUAUCAAAGAAAUUGAGCAAAUUUAUUCAUCUGAUAUUGAUAAUACUUCAAUGAUGGAAUUGGAAUUAUUAAAUAACUAUUGA